AUGUCUCCCGUCCAGCAAUAUUGGCUUCCGGGGUAUGGACUAUCUCGACACAUUGUCCUAGGACACAUCCAUUAUUUCCUUGGUCCGUCUGCGACAGCGAGACCUUUUUGCUACCAAGAGCAAAUCGAUGAUCUCACUGCUAUGUCCCGGGAGUACGAGAAGCAAGAAGCCACUCGAAUGACGCACAACAGCAGUAACACCUCCAAUGCCAGUGCCAGCAGUGAAAACUCGACGAAUCAAUCCAAUGAGCCCUAUAUCAACGAGAUAAUCCCAGUCAAUCCACCCGGACCACGCCGACGGACAGAGCCAGACUCGAGGGGCGGUCGCUGA